AGGGUAGACGUACAUCUUAUUGAACUAAAAUGAUUAAACUCUGAUAGACUGGAACAAACAGGCAUUUUGAGUGAGGCGAUUUCUACACGGUGCGCAAAAAGACUAAAAGACGUGAGCGAAUCUGUUGUGGAGGAACUGCUGGUUGAAAAACAAGUCCGCAAGUCCCGUGAUGUCUCGCGGCGCCCGAGUCUGUGACAGCUCCGAGGGCUCCGAGCGCUUCUUAAUUAACAAGGUAGGCCCACCCCAGGAGCAAAGACCCCGCGGGCCGAAACCUUCGAGUGAAGGCGGUACUCCACGCGGCGGGCUCUCGGCCCGCAGUCGGCCUUGGCCUCCUUGGCUGCUGUCAGCCUCACGUCUCUGCCCACUUGGCUGUAGGAACUCGGUCCUGUCCUCCUGCCGUCCCUUGUUAGAAACCUCUGAUUUUCACAGCUGCUAAAGCUCCGACAAGGCUUCGGGAUAGACCGUUACCCAGAAAAGCGAGUGCUUGUCGACACACCACGGGACGGAGUGCUGAUAGGAUUGGGUUUACUGAAAGUGAUUAAUCCAAACUACGUUAGACCAUUGAAAACUCAUAUUUCUGCAACGAAAUCCUACCAAGAAAUAUGAAGAAAAGUCGAGAAAGGUUCUGCAACAAAGAAAGAGAAUUUGUGUAUGCAUUCAAAGUAGGAAAUGAAUGCUUUGAACUAAGGGUGCCCCUUCUAUUUCCUGUUCAAGAGAACCCCAGUCAUUUGCAUGGACGUUUGAUGCUGCUGCACAAUUUGCCAUGCUUCAUAGAAAAUGACCUAAAAGCAUCUCUGAGCCAAUUUAUAGAAGAAGAAUCCCUCCAAGAUUAUGAUGGAGAUGCUGAAGCAGCCUUGGAAGCUGUGAAAUCGGGUGAAGUAGAUUUACAUCAGCUGGCAAGUACGUGGGCCAAAGCCUAUGCCGAGACCACAUUGGAGCAUGCAAGGCCAGAAGAGCCCAGCUGGGAUGAAGAUUUUGCAGAUGUCUACCAUGACCUAAUCCAUUCGCCAGCCUCUGAAACUCUUCUAAAUCUGGAACAUAAUUACUUUGUUAGUAUCUCAGAACUUAUUGGUGAAAGAGAUGUGGAGCUGAAAAAAUUAAGAGAGAGACAAGGUGUUGAAAUGGAAAAGGUGAUGCAGGAAUUGGGAAAGUCACUCACGGACCAAGAUGUAAACUCACUGGCUGCUCAACAUUUUGAAUCACAGCAAGACUUAGAGAAUAAAUGGUCAAAUGAAUUAAAACAAUCAACAGCCAUCCAAAAACAAGAAUAUCAGGAAUGGGUGAUAAAACUUCAUCAAGACUUAAAAAACCCCAACAACAGCUCCCUGAGUGAGGAAAUUAAAGUUCAGCCAAGUCUGUUCAGAGAAUCUGUAGAAGCAGUUGGAAGGAUUUAUGAGGAACAGAGAAAGCUAGAAGAAAGUUUCACUAUUCACUUAGGAGCCCAGCUGAAGACCAUGCAUAAUUUGAGAUUGCUGAGAGCAGAUAUGCUGGACUUCUGUAAGCACAAAAGAAAUCAUCGCAGUGGUGUGAAGCUCCAUCGGCUCCAGACAGCACUGUCCCUUUAUUCCACAUCGCUGUGUGGCCUGGUUUUACUAGUGGACAAUCGAAUUAAUUCAUAUAGUGGCAUUAAGAGAGAUUUUGCCACAGUUUGCCAGGAGUGUACUGACUUCCAUUUCCCCCGAAUUGAAGAGCAACUGGAAGUCGUUCAGCAGGUGGCGCUGUACGCUAGAACCCAGCGGGGCAGCAAGCUGAAAGAAGCGCAAGAUUCUGGUAACCAAAAUGGAGCAAGUGAUGAGAAGAUUGCGGAGAGAAACUAUUUAAACAUUUUACCUGGAGAAUUUUACAUAACACGGCACUCCAAUCUCUCAGAAAUCCAUGUGGCUUUCCAUCUCUGUGUGGAUGACAAUGUGAAAUCAGGAAAUAUCACUGCUCGUGACCCUGCCAUUAUGGGCCUCCGAAACAUACUCAAAGUCUGCUGCACUCAUGACAUCACGACAGUCAGCAUCCCUCUCUUGCUGGUGCAUGAUAUGUCAGAGGAAAUGACAAUACCCUGGUGCUUAAGAAGAGCAGAACUUGUGUUCAAGUGUGUCAAAGGUUUCAUGAUGGAAAUGGCGUCGUGGGAUGGAGGAAUUUCUAGGACAGUGCAAUUCCUGGUACCACAGAGUAUUUCUGAAGAAAUGUUUUAUCAACUUAGUAACAUGCUUCCCCAGAUCUUCCGUGUGUCUUCAACACUCACUCUGACAUCCAAGCAUUGAGGAUCGUGAAGCUCUCCGGGAACCUGAGCUAUGCUGGGUGCUGUCAAGCAGGAGAUAUCCAGAAAGAGAAUCUGCAACCUAAGCCACAAACCAAAUCAUGCUGUGUGCCUGUUAAGCAUCCCAGAAAUUUGUACGCUGAGCAGACGAGGAGUGAUCUGCCGCAGGGGGGCGCCUACUCUGCUGCUCUUUCUGAGCGUCUCCCUUUCCUCUGUGUCCUAUCCAUGAAAGUUAGUGAACUAAAACAUGCCAUGAGCCCUCAUGGACACUUGCUGCAGGACACUGCUCACUGCCUUCCACCAAACUGUCCAAAAGGCUUGAGUCACAGAUCAGGUGCAGCCCUUUCAUGAACAUACAGAUAAUAAACUCUUCCGCUGUCUUUGCAAAUGUGGAUUUCUUAGGAAAAUUUUUUUUUUGUAGAAAUAAAUAAAUGACAUAAAUGUUAUUUGAAAUUC